UCACUGGCCAUUUCGGGGGUUAAUAUUUCCAACGUGAAGUGGCUCAAUCAGGGUCUUUUCUGUGUUGAUUUGCUUAUUGUACGCUGACUUAGAUAGAGUGUUCUUGUUUCGUACCCGACGAUGACGAUCAUUAUGCAGUCCGCGCCAGGAAGCUCAGGGUAUUUAGAUCUAUACCCUGAGAGGAAAAUGUCUCUUUUCAAGAACCCUUAUAUUCUGGGACUCACUGCCGUUGCCGGCAUCGGUGGACUGCUCUUCGGUUACGACACAGGCGUUAUAUCAGGAGCCCUUCUGUAUAUUAAAGAUGAUUUUCAGGAAGUGAAAGACAGUAAUUUUCUACAGGAAGUAAUUGUCAGCAUGGCUGUUGUUGGUGCAAUUAUUGGGGCAGCAGUAGGUGGCUGGAUUAACGAUGCUUAUGGAAGAAAGAAAGCCACACUUAUCGCUGAUGUUAUUUUUACUAUGGGAUCAGUUGUCAUGGCUGCUGCACCAGAUCCUUAUGUUCUCAUACUGGGACGCCUUUUGGUUGGGCUGGGUGUAGGCAUAGCUUCUGUUACUGCACCAGUGUAUAUUGCAGAAGCAUCGCCAUCAGAAAUAAGAGGAGGAUUAGUUAGCACAAAUACGCUUAUGAUAACCGGGGGGCAGUUUCUUUCCUACCUCAUAAAUCUUGCUUUUACACAGGUCCCAGGGACAUGGCGAUGGAUGCUGGGAGUUUCAGGUUUGCCGGCAGUUAUUCAAUUUGUCUUCAUGCUUUUCCUGCCUGAAUCCCCUAGAUGGCUCUUCAUGAAGGAUAGGCAAAAUGAAGCUGUUAAUGUGCUGUCUAAGAUCUAUGACUUUGCUCGCUUGGAGGAUGAAGUUGAAUUUCUUAGAGUUCAGUCAGAGCAGGACCAUCAGAAAACAAAGGAGAUCAAAUACUGGGAUGUUUUUAAAUUUAAACAGAUAAGACUUGCAUUCCUUGCUGGAGCAGGACUGCAGGCUUUUCAGCAGUUUACAGGUAUAAAUACGGUUAUGUACUACAGCCCGACGAUUGUCCAAAUGGCUGGCUUCCGCUCCAAUGAGCUUGCUCUCCUCCUAUCCCUCAUAGUAGCUGCCAUGAAUGCUGCUGGCACUGUUCUUGGCAUCUACCUUAUUGACCAUGCAGGCAGGAGAAAAUUGGCUCUUUAUAGCUUAGCUGGAGUUAUCACAUCCCUGAUCCUUUUGUCUGUGUCAUUUUCAAGCCAAUCAUCUGACUCUACAAAUGGAUUAUAUGGGUGGCUUGCAAUUUUGGGUUUAGCCCUAUAUAUUGCCUUCUUUUCGCCCGGGAUGGGGCCUGUACCAUGGACAGUAAACUCCGAAAUAUAUCCUGAAGAGUAUCGUGGAAUAUGUGGAGGAAUGGCGGCUACAGUAAAUUGGGUUUCAAACUUGAUUGUGGCUCAGUCGUUUCUUUCAAUUGCUGCAGCCCUAGGGACUGGCUCAACCUUCUUGAUUAUUGCUGGUAUAGCCGUGCUUGCCUUUCUCUUUGUGGCUGUGUACGUCCCAGAAACCAAAGGAUUAACAUUUGAUGAGGUGGAGCAGAUGUGGAGGGAAAGAGCUUGGGGCAAGGAUCAAAUCACACAAAGUCUUCUUCAGCAUGGAACUCAACCCUAGCAGUGUGACACGUUGUAUGGUCAUUCUCCAAAUUCAAUUUAUAUGCAAUAUGUUUAAUGUAAUGUUGAUGGGAUACUUCAUGCGUCAAAAGCAUAGGGACAUGAAGUGCCGAAACUAAGUGACUGCCAAGAAACGUUCCAUUAUGAGAAGUGGAAGAAGGGAAGAAGAGAUUUGAGUGUAAAAAUAGUGCAAGGAGUCCCCGAGAACAUACCAGCAUGACUCUCACGUGGGGUUAU